AUGCCUGACAAGACGAGAUCCACAGUUAAGAAGUAUGGUAGGGGAGAAGAAAACGCCAGAGACCUGAAAGAAAAAAAGAACAAUUUUAUUUUAAAGCAUUUCACAUUUAAAGAGUGUAUAAAAUUUAUUCCAGAUCCUCAGUAUGCAACUGAAAAUUCACCCAGUAACCGAUGUUUUUGUGGGGAAUAUGAAGAAAAUCACUAUGCAUAUGAAAGUAGCCUGGUAGCAGAAAUAAAGGAAUGGUCCGAUAAGCUCUGUUUAAAGGUAAUCGGCCCAACGAAUGCUUUUGGCCAAAUUGAAUUCAUAACAGAAUCUACUUCAAGUCAAAAGCCAACGGAGUUUGUUCGUAUCUCAGAUGAAGAUAAACUAGAAGAUGUAAUGACACUGAUGAAAAGGUAUUGGAAAAUGAUGGAACCAGAGAAACCAAGUUUAUGCAUAUCUGUUAUUGGUGGAGCAAAAAAUUUUGUCCUUGAAGGACAUAAAAAAGAAGUUUUUUAUUCUGGUUUAGUUCAGGCUGCACAAACAACUCAAGCAUGGAUUGUAACAUCUGGUUUAAACUUAGGCAUUAUACGUGUUGUCGGUGAUGCUUUACAAGAACAAUCAUUUUGUACAGAUAAACGAAAAUUAUCUCAACAAUUACGAUGUAUUGGAAUUGCUCCUUGGGGUUAUGUAUUAAAUCGUAAUACUCUUGUCAGUACGGAAUAUGAGGAUCAUAACCAUUCAACACCGUAUACAGUUUCUACAGUUAUCGAAACAGGACGCCCAGUUUCGCUGAAUCAGAAUCAUACGCAUUACAUUUUUGUCGAUGAAGGUAAACGAUUAAGGUAUGGUGGUAGUGAAUCAGCUAGAUUUCGUGCGAAGCUGGAGAAACAAAUUGCCCUUCCAGAAGAAGAGGGUGGUUUCGGUAUUCCGGUUGUUCUUGUCAUCGUAGAAGGAGGUCAUGACGUGUUUAUCGAUGCAAGAAAUAGUAUAAGAGAAAGAGUACCAGUUGUAAUAUGUUCUGGUACUGGUAGAGCAGCUGAUAUUUUAGAUAUGGCAUUCAAUUUUCGUUUAAAGAAAAAUCAAUUUACAUCAUUUUCUGAGAAAGAAGUAUUACUUUUAAGUCAAAAAAUUAAACCUGUUUCUGGUAGAAAUAAAGUUGAAGCUGCUUUGAAAAUGAUUGAAUUUAUUGUUAAAGAUACAACUUUGAUUACUACAUUUGAUAUGAAUAAAUCAGAUGACUUGGAUUUGGCUAUCCUAUUUGCUUUGAUUAAAACGUCUUCUGAAUUAGACAAACAAUUAGAACUGGCGUUGACCUGGGAUAGAAGUGAUAUCGCUAGAGCAAAAAUAUUUCGUCAAGCGAAACAAGUAAAUCCAGAAAUUUUAGAACCAAUUAUGAUGAAAGCUUUGUUAAGAAAUAAAACAGAUUUCGUACGAAUUCUUUUACAAAAUGGUGUUGUAAUGCGUCAAUUUUUAACAUUUGAACGAUUGCAUCGUUUAUACAAUGAAUCCACAGGAUCAAAUGAUUUGAUACGUUGUCUUAAAAAUUACGAUUUAAUUCAUCGAGAACAUUCAACCCUGCCUAGUGCAUAUGUCAACUUCGGUCUUGUAGUACAUUCACAGACAGGUGGUCAUGAUUUUCAACAUUUAUUUUCACGACAAGAUAGAAUUUAUUUGUCAACUAUAUGCAAGUUACUGCGUCGUAUGCUUGGACGAUAUACAAAUAGAAUAUAUGAUAUGGAUACACUAACCUUACAUAGUCAGAGAACUGAGUGGGAUGAAGUAUGCAAGCUAACAUUCGUCUUACCCUUUCAGGAAUUAUUUAUAUGGGCUAUACUACAUCAACGUCAAAAAAUGGCUUUAUACUUUUGGGAACGUUGUGAAGAUGCUCUAAUUCUUGCUUUAAUUGCAUGUUGUCUUUAUUCCAGUAUGAUAAAACUGUUACCAGCACAUGAUACAGAAGCUAAAUUAUUAUACGAAUCUUAUAUGGAAGAAUUUGAAACAUUAGCAAUACGUGUAUUAGAAGAGUGUAAUUCAAUUGAUCCGGAACUAACUCUUUAUUUAGUUGAAGGUGAAUCAACAUUAUGGGGUGGUUUUAAUUGUUUACAACUCGCUGCACAAUCUGUUCGACGCAAAUUUAUCAGUUCACAAGCUUGUCAAAAUUCUUUGCAUUUCGCCUGGUGUCAUGGUAUACGCGCUGAUAUGUUUGUCACUCUGGCCACAUUGUUUUUACCAUUUUUAUUGUGUUUUGAUCGUAUCUUACCAUGGGAAGACAAACGUUUACAUGCUACUUAUGAUACGUAUACAUAUGAUAAAUUCAAUGAUACCAGUGGAAAUACACAGAAUCAGUUGGAUGGAGAAACGAAUCAUCAUAAUUUUAAUAGUAAUAAUAAUAAUAACAUAAAAGAUAAAAUGGGACCAUCACGUGGACGAAGACAUUUUAGAGAAAAGGUUAAAAUGUUCUACACUUCGCCGAAAACUAAAUUCUGCUUAUAUACCUUUGUCUACGUCGUAUUCCUAUUGUUCUUUUCGUACACAUUACUGUUUAGUACCGUGGCUAAUCAGAUUACAAUUCAUGAAGGCUUUAUAAUGGCUUAUUUUGUAGCUAUGAUAAUCGAUAUAGUACGGCAGGUAAUUUUAUCACCUGGUGUUGGACAUCAAAGAUUUGUAUCGUGGUGGGAACAAUAUGAAUGGGGCAGAUCAGAGUUAUUUGUUAUUCUCUUGUCUCUUUUAAGCAUAUUCUUACGCAUUGGAAUGAGGGAAACAUUUACAUAUGCUAAAUCAUUUUAUGUGAUUACAUUGAUAGCAUGCUACAUUCGAGUAUACGGAUUAUACUCAUAUCAUCCAAAUUUAGGUCCAAAAUUAGUAAUGAUACGAAGUAUGCUAGAAGAGUUGAUGUCAUUUAUAUUCAUACUGAUCGUUGUCUUCUUGGCUUACGGUGUAUCUACACAAACUCUGUUGUAUCCUAAUCAGAAUAUAUUUUCAUGGAAUACUGUUCGUGAUAUAUUAUAUUAUCCAUAUUGGGCUUUGUAUGGUGAAUUGCCAAUAGACCAUGCAUUCGCUACCGAUUCAAAGUGUACCGGUGAACCAGACGGAAUAACUUGUCCAAUUUAUAACUUCUUAUGUCCUUUACUGUUGGCAAUAUAUUUAAUGAUCGCAGGAAUACUUCUGAUCAAUUUACUAAUCGCUAUUUUCAGUAAUGUUUUUGAAGAAAUUGAAUUUCAUUCAAUUGAAUUAUGGAAAUUUAAUAUGUAUUCAAUGGUUGUUGAAUUCAAUAAAAAGCCAAUUGUACCUGUUCCAUUGUCAGCAUUUCAAGCUUUUAUUGAAUUUGUUCUCUACUGUAUACGAAUAAUAAAACAACGUAAAAUUAAACGAAAGAAGUUCAAUUCAAGAUCAAAGGAUAAAGGUAAUCUAGACAUCAGUGUUGAAGAGGAUACAGAUAAUGAAAGAAGAGAUGAUGGAGCAAAAUUAUUUACAUUCAUAGAACGUCCAAUAGACGACCUAUCAAAAUUUCAUGCAAACAGAUCUAGAGCAUCUGAAACACUACGAUUAGCCUCAGAAGAACAGAGUGAAGAUAAUGAAGAAGAUGAAUUACGCAGAGUUCGACUACUUGAAGCGAACUGUAAACGCAGUUUUCUAAGGAAAAUAAAACUUGACAAAGGAAAAACAGUUAAUGCGGGUAUAUCUCAAAUUAAAAAUCGCCUCGAAGAAGUAAUUGGUCAUUUAAUCACUAUUGCAGAAAAAGCUGAAGGCAUUUCAAGAGAAAUCGAGUUUUUGAGUGCAGCUAACGAGCCUAAAGUUAUUGAAAAGUCAACUAAAUCGGAUGUAAAGGAAGCACCACCGGUUACAACUAGUGCCCAGAUAUCACACGUUGACUACUCAGUCUUACCAAUCGGUGAUCAGAUAUCAAGCAAUGCUCAAGUAGAACAGCCUACAAUGGAGACUAUAAAAAUGAAUCCAGUAGAAGAUGCAGAAAUGACUAGCAGUCAGUCUGAGACAGAAGCUGUCAUGAAUAUUUCGGAACCACCGGUUGACAUUCUACCAAUUUCUAAUCAGUUAAAUACGCUAAACCAAUCGACGAUUUCCCAACACUUUUUAAUUAACAUUAGUAAUAUUAUGAAUAACACCAAUAGUAAUAGUAAUAAUGAUAUUAAUAAUAAAUUGUUUAAAGAUUCUUAA